AUGUCUCUAACAAUCCACACCGUCGGCACAUCCACCAUCUAUCGCGAAGCCGAACGCGCCAUCGUCGCACUCCACGUAGCCAGCGACGGAGAAAACCAGUCCGAAAUCUCUCAGAACGUGACCAAAACCUCUAACCAAAUCCAAUCUCUCCUACGCCACAUCUCCCCCCAAACCGCCGACUCAGACGAGCGGACGACACCCGAUGCGGCCAUCGCCUUCUGGAGUAUGAGUUCCCUCCGGACAGGCAGCUACCGACCCUGGGACAGCGCCCGAAACGAGCACAAGGAGAGGGUGUACACGGCGCAGACGGAUUUCGAGAUCAAAUUCCGCAAUUUUGACCAGCUGAAUCAGUUUGCGACGGAGGUCGCGAGCGACGCAUUGGUGUCCGUUGAGUCUGUCCGGUGGAAGUUGACGGAUAAGGCGAGACAGGAGGUGGGUCGGGAGUGCAGGAAGCAGGCUGUUGGGGAUGCGAUGGCCAAAGCGAAGGAUUAUGCGAGUGCUUUAGAUAAGGAGAAUGUUGUACCGGUGCUGAUCGAUGAUACCGAGUCGUUCUCGUCCUCGCUGUAUGGGAUCCAAUGUGCUCCUCGAGCUGCGGCGUUUGGGGCACAUUCGGGGGAUGAUUACCAGGCGCUGAGCUUCGUUCCUGACAAAUGUGAGGUUCAGUGUUCGGUGAAGAUGCAAUUCAGGGUUGACUAG